GGAGGUGCUUCUGCACGAACUGGCCUCCAUCGACCAGCACGAGGAACCAGUCAUUCCAUACUUCACUACAGACAGUUUCUCGCGAUCCGGGACCGUCUUGACCAUGUGACGGAGUGUCAGAGUCUAAAGGUGUUAAUAAUGAACCGGGACACAAGGUCGCUUGGUUAAGCGACUACAAGGGACUUAUCGACCAGGCCUACGACGCCGUCGUGAAAUUACUCACCUUUGAUUGGAUGGUUCCGGAUGAGACAGGAGAUCGCCGUUUCCGCGAGCUAACUCGCGCUCGGCAGAUAUAUGUCCCCGAGCUUAUACUGCGGCAGCAUAUCAUGCUAUACGCCUCCCAAGAGAAUUUGAAGCGUGCAUUGGAGCUUGCCAACAUCGUUGCAGAUUCGACGUACAAGCUGUGUGAUGAUUUCUUGCAUCUCGAUAGGCAAAGGCUCGGGUUGUUCUAUCACCUUCUACAUAGGUUGUGGCUCGUCCCCAUUUUAUUCACGAGACUGGCCGCAACACAAUUACGCCAGGCUUAUAUUCAUGCAGGGCAGAGCAAUAUGUCCGAGUCAAGUUUUCAAGUAUCUAUUUGAACACAACAUUAAUCAAUGGUGCAAGAGGCUCGUUCAAUCCGAUCGGCGACGAGUUGGAUUUUAAUGGCAAGACGCCGCUAUCGAUGACAUGAUCAAUCCCAGUAAACUUGAAAGUUAAAAAUACGGGUUUCCAGAUAUACUAUAGCUGUGGUUAGGC